AUGUCUCGGCGUCCGCUGCUGCUGCUCUGCCUUCUGGCGGUCGCGCUCGCCAACCAGCUAGAAGACAUACCCCAUAAUGAAGUCAAAAACUGGGCGUUAAAAUUUGGCGUGGACCUGUGGGAGUUUGGGCGGCAUUUCACGAAAAUGAAUCAAAUUCAAAAUGUAAGUAUUUUUUGCAUUUACCGCUUUGAAAGUUACUUCAGUAAACUUUGGGGUGAUCGGUUGGACGCGUGCUUAUAA